AAAUUGUGCCGACCACAGGCUGACGUACUUUUUAAAUUUCACGCGCUGGCAAGUUUUUCACAAAUUUGCAAGCGAGCCCUGAUCAUGGCUCCUUUAAAGCCGAUUUCGUUGGAACAAACAUUCAAAUUGAAAGAAUUUCUAAGAACUCAAUUACCAGAUUCUAUAGUGCCUUUCAAUUGGAUUUCGACCCAGUUAGUUUGGGAAAAAAAUGUAUCUGAUGUGAAAGUUCAGAUCUUGUGUCCGGGUGGCGACUGGAGCGACGGAACGUUGGUUUGUUUGGCGGAAGGAGCAGCCGCGUCGAACAAAAUAUUUGGCGUCGUCCACGCGUCAGAGGAUAAAUUGGAUGAUUUGAAAGAGGCCCUCAUGACGACAGAUCUGAUCGACUGGAAAAGACUCCAGCAAUUUUCCACUUGCUUGAAGAGGUUUUUGCCAAUUAUGGAUGAGGUCUUGCAAGCAAAGGGUUACAAAAAUACGUUGGAACUAAUUGCCCAUUCGGUUGUUUACUACAUGAAUGUUGACGAGGCCCUCAACCAUCCCCUCCCAGAUGUGCCUGACAAUGUGAGAGUAGCUUCACUGGACGCUUCAUUGCUGGACGCUAUUUGUGAAAUUUGGCCAUCCUAUGAUCCUGAUUACCGUCCCGUUGUCUUAAACAAUAUCAAGUUGAACGGCUCUUUUGGAGUGUUUGUAAAAAGUGAAGAGAAGGAGAAACUGGCGUCAAUGGCGAUGCAUGCCGAGUACGGUGGGAUCGGCGUUUUGCAAACGGUGACCGAAUUCAGGCGCAGAGGAUUCGCGGAAAUUGUCUUGGUCAACAAUGCGAAAUCAUUUGCUCGAAAAGGGUUGAUGCCUUACGGAAACGUUCUUGUUGGUAACGACGCUUCCAUUUCGCUUUUCAAGAAGUGCGGAUUUCGAUUUUUAACAGAAACGGCCACAGUCUUUGUUAAUCCAAAUAAACAGCACUGAAUUUUUAAGAGAAAUUCUAAUUUUAA